AUGGUAUCCUCCGGUAGUGUCUUCUCCGAGACACUUCAGGAGAUCACCAACACAAAACUCCAAGAGCUGUCUAAGCGUCGCUCUCAUUUUGAAGAAGCCAAAACAUCCAUCUUGUCCUCAAUUGACACCGAACAAGAUGCCGUCAAGCGUCUUGUCGCCCUAAGCGAUGGCGUCAAGAAAUCCUUCGCCAUAAAGCUUGAUAAAGACGACAAGGUCAUCCUUGGCCGCACCAAGUUCAAAAAGCUCGAGAUUGACUUGAGGAAUCUCGAUCGUUUUAUUGGCCAAGCCAAGACCGACCCCUCAGUUUCUUCCAAGAUGCUGGCCGAUUGGGAAAAAUUGCUUGUUCGUCAGCUAGACAUGCAAGCUCUUCAGUACCAAUAUGCUUGGCUCUACGGAGAGCUCGUUACAGAGUGGCUGUCUGGCGAUAAAGAGAAAGACACAGAAGCAGAUGUUGAGAUGAGUGAAGCAUUCGAGGAUGUAGGCGAACAAGCUAAGCUACAAUCCAAGAUCGAUUGGGAGACCACUGUGUUUGAACCAGCUAGCGUUGACACCAAGGCCAUCACUAAAUACCUCGACCAUCUAUUUGGUGUCAAUGUCAAAGAGAAAAAGACCAUUGCUGAAAGUCUUCACCGGCUUCGACAAUCUGUCUCGCUCCACGAAGCACGCAUCUCAACCCCAGACCAGUUUACCGUGGAUUCGCUGAAAUGGGUCAUUGCAGGCCUAUAUUCGUCCGACCUACUGUCAAACGAGAAACGAGAGGUUCUCAAGGACUUUGAAACAAAUGAUAUGGUUCUCAAAGAGAUCGCUGACGUUCUCAACAUGAGGAUCAACGCCUUGGAAUCUUGGACUUGGAACUCGGAAUCUCCAGUCUCUUUGGAGAUGACGCGCAAAAUAAGCGGCAUCUACAACAUUCAUAUGCACGAAGACCUCCUCCAGGCGAUAUUCCUGCAGUACAUUGGUGUCAAGUGGAGCGUCUUUUUCAAGAUGGCAUUCAAGACAUUUCGCAAGCCUGGAUCUUGGAAGUCGAUGCACCAGGAGAUCACUCGUGACGAGAAGAGACGCCUAGGUUACUACUUGGGCCCACUACAGACCGAACCCUCCCUACAGAGUCAACGAGAUGAAGUCAAUGGGGCAAGCUAUUUCAUGGCCCAGCUCAUGAAUUAUGAAACUGAAUUCAUUAAUACGGCUGAUGGUGAGGAAGAAGCCGAGUAUGAACAAUUCGGCGCCUCAUUAAAGCGAAAACCGCGAAUGAAACAAACAGCUCGAAAAUCUACAGGAGGAGUUGCACCCCGCAAGCAGCUAGCUAGCAAGAGGGCGCGAAGAGUCCCAGACGCUCCGCCUGUUCCAGUAAGAUACUCUCUCAAUACCAACUUCAGUGCAGAAGUUGAUGAGGACGAGGACGAAGAGGAGGAAGAGGAUAGCGAUGGUGAGGAUGAAGGCAAUACCCGUAACCCGAUGGCUCUCAAGCAAAAAUUGCUCCAUCUUUUAUCGUCCGAGAUCACAGUCAACACUCACCUUUAUGGUGAAUUGACAGCUUUCCACUCCGUCUUUGAGGAUUGGAACCCGAGACUGCCACAUGACACCGUCUUGACAAUCUUGGAGUAUCUCGGUGUCUCGGACAAUUGGCUUAGCUUCUUCAGGAAAUUCCUCGAAGCUCCUCUCAAGUUUGUUGACGAGGAUGACUCGACUACGCGCAAGCGCCGCAGAGGAACACCCGCCUCCCACGUACUCAGUGAUGUUUUUGGCGAGGCAACCCUGUUUUGUCUCGAUUUCUCUGUCAAUCAGUCCACUUCAAGCAACCUGUGGAGAAUGCAUGACAACUUCUGGUUCUGGUCCCAUGAUCACAAAGUUGCAGUCAAGGCUUGGGAAACUGUCGAUGAGUUCAUCACUGUGACUGGAGUGGACAUCAAUCCCGCAAAGAGCGGAUCAGUCCGGAUCUCGAAGGAUAGUAACAUGGAGCUAACUAUCGAUGAGUCACUGCCUGAAGGCGAUAUUCGCUGGGGCUUCCUGCGCUUGUCACCAAAGACAGGUCGAUUCGAGAUUGACCAGACCAUGGUCGACUCUCACGUCAAUGAGCUGCAUAAGCAGCUUCUUGAAAAGCGCAAGAGUAUUCUUGGCUUUAUCCAAGCGUGGAACAGUUAUGCCGCGGCCUUCUUCACAUCGAACUUUGGCAAGGCAGCAAACUGCUUUGGACGUGAGCAUGUUGACAACAUGCUUUCGACACACAAGAAGAUCGAGCGUGAAGUGUUUACAAAGCUUUCUGGAGGCGAAAUCAAAAGUGUUGCCGAGUAUCUAGAGACGGAGCUUGGCAAACGUUUCGGAAUCAAGGACAUCCCUGAUGGCUACCUCUACUUCCCUAUGGAACUGGGUGGCCUUGACUUACAGUCACCAUUUAUCUCCCUCAUGCAAGUCCAAGACCAACUCCUCGAAGACCCUUCCAAGCUAUUGGUCGACUUUGACGAAGCUGAGCGUGAUGCAUACGAGGGGUACAAGGAGAACUUUGUUAACGGAAGGGUCAAGCAGUGGAGAUACUCCCUGGACGAUCCUGACUGGGUACCUGAAUCCCAGCAUGACAAAGACAACUUUAUGUCUUUCCAGGAGUUCACUCGGUUCAGAGAAUUUUAUUGUUUCGCUCACUUCAAGGGUGCUGAAAGACUCGACCGCGUUUUCCGCAAGCUUCUCAAGAGGCCGAAGGAGUGCAAGGUCGACAAUGAUGAAACUCAGUCUGGUGCGCUGGAGCAGCUGCGCAAGGAGUCGAACCUUCGGGGUAUCACGGGAUGGUGGGACCAGAUGGACGCUUAUUGGACUUGGGUCACUAUGUUCUAUGGACGAGACAUCGUGGAUCGGUUCGGAAGGUUGAACAUUGUGAAUACCGAGUUGCUGCCUAUUGCAAUGGUGACUUUGUUUAGGGACAAGCGCGUCAAGUGGCAGGGUUAG